AGGUCCUCCCCGCCGCGCUCCCUCCCCCGGCUGUCACCGGCUAGCUCAGCUGUCUGUCGGAGACGCUAAAGAUGGCAGGGAACAAGUCGUACACAAUAGUGGAGUAUUUCGGUGGGGACGACGGUUACCGCUGUGGUUAUUGUAAAAAUGAAAAGGGAAACUUCUCUCACGGAAUGUGGUCUCACACUAUGACAGUACAAGACUACCAGGACCUCAUAGACAGAGGAUGGAGAAGAAGUGGGAAAUAUGUCUAUAAACCCAUAAUGAACAAGACAUGCUGUCCACAGUACACUAUCAGAUGUCAUGCCUUGAAGUUUCAACCAUCCAAAUCCCAUAAGAAGAUUCUGAAGAAGAUGAGCAAAUUCUUUUCCAAAGGGGAGUUACCAACAGGACAGGAUGACGAGGAGCCGAUGGAAUCAAUGUGUGAAGAAGCAGGUCCACGGGAGCCGAAAAAGGUUUGCCACCCAGAAGUGGAGUGUCCUGCUAUCACAGAAAUUCAGAAGGACGUAGUGGAUGCCAAACCAGCAGGCUCAGAAACAUCAAGAAAAGAUCCUGUUUCAGUCCCGGAUGGGAGACCAGCAGCCACAGAAACAUCAAGAAAAGAUUCAGUUUCUGUACCAGAUGGGAGACCGGCAGCCACAGCUCCCAAACCAGGAGUAGGAGCAGACCCUAACCGACCACCAUGUCGAAAGGCCAAAGACUUGAGAAAGGAGCGACGUCUUCAGAAAGAGCAGAUGAGACAGCAAGCUGGUGGUGUCUCUUCCAAUGUCACUCCUACCCCAGCCACACCCACCCCAACAAACCAACCCAAAUCCUUGGAAGAUUUCAUCAACGAGUCGCUAACUGACAACCCUCUUCAUUGCCUUGAGGUGAGGCUAGUGCGCUCCAACCCCCCUAGCCCGCAGUUCAAAGCCUCUUUCGACGCCUCCUACCAGGUGUACAAACUGUACCAGAUGGCCAUUCACAAGGACCCUCCCGACAAGCCCACCGAGAGCCAGGUGAGGCUAGUGCCGGUCAGCUUUGAGGACCCUCAGUUCACAGCGUCUUAUGAGCAGUCGGCAGCGCUGUAUGCCCGCUACCAGAUGGCAGUUCAUGGUGAUGCCCCCUCCGAGUGUAAUGAGAGUGAGUUUCGGAGGUUUCUCUGUGAUUCACCACUAGAGGCAGAAUUUUCUCCCGAUGGGCCGGAGGUGGGUUACGGCUCCUUCCACCAGCAGUACUGGCUUGACGGGCGCAUUGUGGCAGUGGGGGUGAUUGACAUCCUGCCUAACUGUGUGUCCUCUGUCUACCUGUACUACCACCCAGAGUUCGCCUCACUGUCUUUGGGCUCCUAUUCUGCUCUCAGGGAGAUUGCCUUCACCAGGCAGCUGCAGAAACAGUCCCCCAAGCUGUGCUACUACUACCUGGGCUUUUACAUUCACUCCUGCCCCAAAAUGCGCUACAAGGGGCAGUACCAGCCUUCAGACCUUCUGUGCCCAGAAACCUACGUCUGGGUGCCUAUAGAGCAAUGCCUACCCAGCCUGGAGAAUAGCCGCUAUGCCCGCUUCAACCAAGACCCUGAUGCAGGGGAUUCACGGGUGCUGAAGGAUGUGGGGAGAACUCUGGUGCUAUACAGACGGACGGUCAUGCCCUACGCAGCCUACAGCUGCAAACGCAAGGGCUCCAGCGACCAGACGGAGGUGGAGCAGUACGCCAACUUGGUGGGCCAAGUCUGCGCCGAAAGGAUCUUGCUGUACCGCGCCUGAACCUUCAGUCCGCGCCGCGCCGCCCCACCUUUUCAUAUAAAAGCACCACCUCCAAUAUGUCUGUCUAUCUGCCUGUUUGUCUGUCUGUCUGUCUGUCUCCCUGCUGUUUGUGCACUCUACAGCUUCACCCCGUAGCCUCACCAUGCUUAGCUCUACACAAACCGAAACAAUACAGUAGCCACUGAAUAUGUACUGUAUCUAUGUACCCAUAAAUCCACUGGCCUGCUUGAUCAAUUACAUCUCAUAUUUCAUGUUUGGUAGAAUCCAUUUUUAUUAUCAUUUAACCCAACGACACAGUUUAGUUGAUGUGUAUCCCUUUGCUUGAAUAGACACAAAUACAUUGGUCACAGAGAACAGCCCUUUGAAUGUUAUUUUGAUAUAAUGCUGUCAUUGCUUCUGCUUCAUCUUCUUUUUUUCAAUUCUCAACACUGUAUGUUGAUGGAGAGAUUAUAUUGUAAAAGAAACUAACCACACGCAGGUGAUAGUUGUCCUCUGUGCUGAUGUGAGAUCAGAUUGAGCUCAACGUUGCCAACUUGAAGAGCAUGUUCCCCACUGAAUGUCUGCUGGUAUCGAAUAAGCAUGGAAGAAGAUUUUUGUCUUUCAUUUUACAUCCCCCAAAAAUCAAGACUCUCAUAUUAAACCUCUGUGAUAAAGACGUGUGACAGUGGGUUUCCGUGAAGCAAAAAUUUCACUCUUUCAGUGUUCAUGUUUGUUACACUUAUAGCUUUAUUUGCUCCGCUUUUCUUAUUGUGUUAUUUUUUGUUAAACCAAAUAAAGUGAUUGUAUAUUCCCUG